GUAAACACACGCCCACGCACACGCAAGCUUGCCGCCCUUGCCAGCCUCCGGUGGAGCGUCGGUGACGGUGAGGGAGAAGUUUGCCUCGCGCCACUCGCAGUCCUUGAGGCCCCUCGACGGCGGAUCGAAGACGCCCACGAAAGCAAACAGAUGCCGCGGGAAUGCGCUGUGGCUGACCACCACCACCACCACAGGGUCCUCUCCCACCGCCUUUUUCUCGUCCAGCAGCCGCUCAAACGUCUCCAGAUCCUCCCUCACACUCCACCUCCUUCUACCCAGCCCAUCUCGCCCUCCCCCUCGCCCUGCGAUAGUGCCCACCCCCCCCUAUAGUAGGGAGGGGUAGGUCUGUGCGAUGAGGCCCUUGAUCUCCUCGAUGAGCGGGCCCAGCGAUGUGUUGGCAGGUGGGUCGAUGGUGGGGGGGGUGGAAGCGAAGCACGCCUUGGCCAUCUUCAGGUCCAGCAGCUCGUCGGGCGGCCCGUUGUGGCUCCUGAUGUCGCAAUCAAUGUCCUCCAGCAGCUUGCUGUGCAGCUUCUCCGCGUCGGCCAGGGCGUCCACCGCGCAGCCCCGCUGUGGCCACUGGGUGACCAGACGAUGGAAAAUCCUCUCCUCGACCUUCUCGACCUUCUCGACCUUCUCGACCAGCCCGCCGGCAAACCCCCGGAAGCGCUUCCCCCACGCAGGGUGGCCGGCCAGUGCGCAGAGGCCGACCGUCACGGCCACGCCGUACGUGUCGGUGUACUGGUCGGUGAUCCUCCGCCAAUGCUUUGCGCGAUGGCGGUGCAGGUAGCAGAAGGGGAGGAAGGGCAUGGCGGUGAGGAGCUCGAGCUUCUCGUGGGGCUCCUCCUUGUGGGGCUCCUCCUUGGGCAGCUCUCUGGCCAUCUCGUGGUCAAUUACGAC